AUGUGCUUCGGCAUUUUCCUUGCCCCCUUCCACCGGGUCGGCGAAAAUCCGACGCUGGCCCUGGAGCGGGACCUGGAACUACUGGAGUGGCUGGACGCCCUGGGCUACGACGAAGCCUGGAUUGGUGAGCACCACAGCGGCGGCUGGGAAACCAUCGCCUCACCGGAGUUGUUCAUCGCCACAGCGGCGGGACGCACCAACCGGCUUCGGCUGGGCACCGGCGUAGUCAGCCUGCCGUACCACAACCCUUACAUGGUGGCCAACCGCAUGGUGUUGCUGGACCACCUGACCCGCGGUCGGGUGAUGCUGGGCGUCGGCCCCGGCUCCUUAGCUUCUGACGCCUACAUGUUCUGCAUCGACCCGGAACGCCAGCGGGAAAUGAUGGAUGAGUCCCUGGGAGUCAUCAUGCAGCUCUUCAAAGGCGAAGAACCGGUUACCUGCGAGACCGACUGGUUCAAGCUGCGCGAAGCCUCCUUGCAACUUCGCCCCUUUCAGAAACCCUGCCUGCCCGUUGCGGUCGCCUCGGUGCAGUCACCGGCCGGCGUUUUCGUGGCCGGCAAGCACGGCGCCGGUGUCCUCUCCCUCAGCGUGCCCCGUUCCAUGAUCCGCCAGACCACUCUGCAGGACCAGUGGGACAUUGCCGAAGAGUCGGCCAGAGAACACGGCAAAGAGGUCCACCGCGACGAGUGGCGCCUUUCGGUUCCCGUACACCUCGCGGAGACCCGUGAAGAGGCCUUCGAGCAGGUGCGCGUCGGCGCCGGUCGCGUCGUAACCGAGUACACCGGCGGCACCAACGGCCACCCCAUUCCCGACGUACCGCAGAACGAAAUAGUUGACCACAUGGUAGACGCCGGCCAGUGGAUUGUCGGCACCCCCGACGAUGCCAUAGCCGCUAUAGAACGGUUCCAGGAGUCCAGCGGCGGAUUCGGCACCCUGCUGGUACGGGCCGAGGACUGGACCACACGGGAGAACCUGUUCCACAGUUAUGAACUGUUCGCCCGCUACGUAAUGCCGCGCUUCCAGGGCAGCCUGAACGGCAUCACGGAGUCCAACAGUCGCUUCUCGGCCAUGCGCGAUUCCCUGCAAGGUAACCGCCGCGCCGGCCUGCAGCGGGCCACCGAUACAUACCUGGCCCGAGCUCAAUAA